AUGAGAAGGCCGAACGUUUUGCGGCUCAUGCUUCAGUUGAUGUUUCACAGAGUAAAUGUAGUGCCUUUUUAAUGGUAACAAUAUCAAAUUGCAGCCUUUAAGAAAAGAGAUAGAAAAAUUCUGAUUAUCGUUUAAUACAUGACCUCCUCUUGUAAAACCUCUCUCCAGCCAUGUUGGAAGGUGCGCGUGGACGAGGAGUAGUAGUUCUACUUUAAAUAUUACAUUUGUCCACUUUAUGAUUAUGAUUGAUACUGAAAUUUGGACAAAACUUGCAUCGCAAUUAAGUCAGGUGCGUGUAAAUGACGCAUUUGAUAAAGAUUUGAAUACACGUGUGAGGUCACAUUUCACCUUAGAGAGCAAAGACUCUAGUUUUAGUGCGUAGAAGUAAAUUGUUUUUCAUUAUAAUUAAGAGGGUGUCAACUGUUGGAUUACUUUGGCAGCAAAACAGUGGAUAAAUAAUGAGUUAAGUUAUAAGGCACAUGUGAUCAAGUAGUAAUUCAAAAUUACAAUCUUCAAGCGUAUUCAAAUGGAGAUUUGACAAAUAUAUAAAUAUUUAUUCUAUUUCUUCAAAGCCAAGGGUACAAUUUAUUUGUGAAAGUCAUUUGAGAGGAGUCUUUCUGUUCUUCGUUUAAGGAUCAACAUUAAUUAUAAAGGGAUUUGAUUUUUUUUUUCAUCCUCAAUCGUCUGUAGUGCACAAUGUCAAUAUUUUGUACUAUAUAUCAUUCAUUUGAAGAGGAUGUCAUUCGAUACCACCUGUGAAGGAGGGCCCUGUCAUAAUGCUUAGUCUCACCAUAAAGACACUUCUGUUUACUGGUUGCUACUCGAUAAACUUUAUACUAAAAUAGAAUUUUUUUCUGAUUUCUUAUCUGCACAAAAGCUAGAUCAAACAGUCAGCAAUUCACCUUGCGGUUUAACCCGCAGAGGUUAGGGCCAAUGAUUUGGGUGAUAUUUUUGUACAUUAAAGGAAGUUGAUUUCAAAGAAGUGGCAUCGUAAUUUUCAUUUCAAAAUCAUCCGUCAAGUGCACAUGCGGGUUAAUUAUACACAUUCUAAAACCUGUGUUUAGUUCGCCGAUAUUUUUCAAUGGGAAUCGGUACUUUAGGUUCCAAUAUUACAUAAGUUAGCUUUUGCAAUUAAGGCAGCGGGUCUAUUAUUUUCAAGAAAAAAUCCAACUCUGUGGGGAAUCUCGCUGAAUGCAAUUAGUUAAAAACAGACUUACACGCCCCUUGUACGUUGGAUCAACAUGACAAAAGAUAAAAAAUUGGGAAAUUGUUCAGUAGAAGAAAACAUCUGUGUGCUUUAAUCUUAACAAGCGUUUGAGGUAGAGGACAUUUCGAGGUUGAAAUGUUAAAACAAUUGGACUGUGCAAAACUCUGAUAUGCAGGCAAGAUCAGGCAAAAUAACAGAUAGCAAAGGUAGCAACUACCAACCCCCUUAAACAAACCCACUCCUUCAACCUGCAGUUUAAAGCUGUUCUGUAUAGCAUUAUCAUAUUUUUGAAUAUUCAUAAUUAUAUAAGCAACCACUGAGUUUUGCUUUCUGUACGUGCGUACGCAUAUAAUGUCGAACAAGGUAUCUUGGCAUAGAACCAAAAGGGCAUAUAACCUGCAUUCUGUUCUGGUUGAUUUCACUUUGGACGCGCGUAUUUUUGUUUACGCUGUGUCAGGAGUUACGACAGCUUGUGACGCAGAGUCAAUAUAUAUAGCUAAGGUGUUUCCUGGCUAGAGCUUGCGCUGACUGUUGAAGUUCAUGUAAAUUGAAAAUAAGCUUUGGCCUUCCAUAUUGUUUAAAUCCAGAAGGUAUCUGAAUUCUGUUGGUCAAGCCGAAGAAAUAGCAGCACAGCGAACUAUGUUAUCCACAGUUGUUUGAUGUAGAUCACCCAACAGGCAAGUCGGUGCGUUUUUAAUAUGCACGGGAAAGACAAGAACCAGCCAGGCCCUGGGAACCUGGGAAAAGCAGUUGUAACAAAACUAACCAACUACACAGGUCUUGCGGGAAGGCACAGUGAAACAGGACUUACCACUGCACUGAAUGCAGCGGCCGCUACUAUGCUGGACUCGAAGAUAAACGUUGUUGAAUCACAGCACAAGAAAGAACUACACGUGUUACAAGAACGAAGGAAAUCAAUGGAGAGUUCCAUGCUCGCUUAUUCUGAGAGAAUGCGGCAAAUUGCAAUAGCACGUACCAAUGAACCAGCAAGUAAAACACAAUCAAAGGGGGGUUUGUUGAGCUUAAAGUUUAAAUCUUCCAAUGGUGGCCACAGAACAGAAGACGGGAGUAUAUACAGGACUAAAUCUUUAGACUUCACGCAUAUGGUUUCUCCCGGGUUACAAAAAGUAAGCCACGACAAACUAAGGAACUCUGAAAACUUAUCAAGCCAUGAGGUGCAGUCAAAUACCAAUACUCACGAGGCUAAUUUCAAAAGGCACGCACAAUUACCGGCAAUUAAGAAAGGCAUCAAACAUGCAAGCGAACUUGGAGAGCUGACAAAAUUUGAACGAGAAAACUUAGAUCAGAAUUUGCCCGUGGAUAUAUUAAUUUCGCCACCGAGUGCGGACGAAUUUGAUCCUUAUCCUCAGAUAGCGCCUUUUCCUGACAUACCAAACAGUGAAAAUUCCGAAUCACAGGAAAUGCACAGUUUUAAUUCGGAAAAAGAUUACUACAAGAAAGAGAGAAUGACAUAUGUGUGGAAGCCACAAAAAACGAAAACAAAAGUGAACAAUAAGCGCACUGAAGACGUGUCUGCUAGUGGUAGAGCUUUAAACCAGGUGCAGUCUCCCAAACAGAAUGUCCAAACUCCAAGAGUAAGAAAGACCUCCAUCAAGCCGGUGAUCUCCCACCAUUUAUUCAAAUACUCCGAGGCAGUAAACAGUUUUCUGUUAGAUACAACUAAUACAAAUUCGACCGAGAAGAAAAGAAAUGGAUUUAAUCAUGGGAAUGGUAAUAUUGAACUGGAAAUUAACACCGAGUUUUUUCAAUCCGUCCACAAAAAUAAGCCGUCUCCCCCUGCCUCAGAUCGUCAUCAGUUAAAGGGUGCAUUGUCUGCACCUUCUCUAACGACCCCUGCGUCACCUCCGACCCCGGUGAAUGAAGAACAAACUGAACGGCGAAGGGUGCUUAGUUUUAGUGACAGCGAUAGACUGCAUGUUUUUAAUUCACGAUUACCUGUUAAUACAUUACACUCGAACGACAGUUAAGCUAAUAAAAUCUUGCGUAAUGGCAUACGAUCAGCGGUUUUUGCGCUGUAUUUCAUCUUUUUCGAAUUAAUGUAUCUAUUCUUCAGUAAAAAGUAUAAUAUGUGCAAUAAAUAUCAGAACACGAA